GCUCAACCACUACCAGUCUCGAUCUCAAAAAAUCAUUCAUUAUUCUUUCCAUCUAAUUAAAUCGAGAAUACGUAUUCCCCUCGUGGUUUUACGUAAUUAUUAUAUUUGGUUUGAUUAAUAACAACGAUUCCCUUUUUAAUUAAUUAGUACUGAGUAUUUUAAUUAUUCUACAGAGCUAACGAACACUACUAUUUUAUCAAAGCUCAUACGGUCUCCCCAAAGUAGGAGUUAUUUUGCCUCCUGUCUUCUCUCAUCGGCAGCCAGAAAACGUCUUACCGUCGCAGGGCUUGUGUGGUGUUCUUCUGUUUGUUGUGUGGUAUCUAUCUACAUUUGACUCGCUCGUGGAAGAUGGGUUCUGGCCAAUGGCACGUUGAGAAGAGGUCAACUUUGAAGAAGGAAUCGUUUCUAAAAGAGUACGGUGCUGCUGUCUCUGAAUCACGGAGCCUCUCCAUCAUCGUGCUCGGUGCCUCUGGUGAUCUUGCCAAGAAGAAGACUUUUCCUGCUCUUUUCAAUCUCUAUCACCAGAGGUUUCUUAAUCCGGAUGAAGUUCACAUAUUUGGAUACGCAAGGACUAAGAGUUCUGAUGAGGAGCUUAGAGAUAAGAUCCGUCGAUAUCUUGUUGAUGAGAAGAAUGCAUCUGAGAAAGCUGAAGCUUUGUCCAAGUUUCUACAGCUGAUCAAGUAUGUGAGUGGCCCUUAUGAUUCUGAAGACGGUUUCAAAAGGUUAGACAAGGCAAUCUCAGAGCAUGAAAUCUCUAAAAAGAGUUCGGAAGGAUCUUCCAGGAGAUUGUUUUAUCUUGCACUCCCGCCGUCUGUAUACCCUCCUGUAUGCAAGAUGAUCAAGGCAUGUUGCACUAACAAAUCUGAUGUUGGUGGAUGGACACGGAUCGUUGUUGAGAAGCCAUUUGGAAAGGACUUGGAAUCUGCAGAGCAAUUGAGUUCUCAGAUUGGAAAACUGUUUGAUGAAUCGCAGAUUUAUCGUAUUGAUCACUAUCUUGGAAAGGAACUAGUCCAAAACAUGUUGGUCCUCCGGUUUGCCAACCGGUUCUUUCUGCCGCUAUGGAACCGCGACAACAUUGCUAACGUGCAGAUUGUUUUCAGGGAAGAUUUUGGAACUGAAGGCCGUGGGGGAUAUUUUGAUGAAUACGGAAUCAUUCGUGAUAUUAUUCAAAACCAUUUGCUCCAGGUUCUUUGCCUAGUUGCCAUGGAGAAACCAAUCUCUCUUAAACCUGAGCACAUCCGGGAUGAGAAAGUGAAGGUUCUUCAAUCAGUGAUUCCCAUAAAGGAUGAAGAGGUGGUUCUUGGACAAUACGAAGGUUACAGAGACGAUCCAACUGUUCCAAACGACUCAAACACUCCAACCUUUGCCACAACAAUCCUUCGCAUUGACAACGAAAGAUGGGAAGGUGUUCCAUUUAUACUGAAGGCCGGAAAGGCAAUGGGUUCAAAAAAGGCAGAUAUUCGCAUUCAGUUUAAGGAUGUUCCUGGCGACAUUUUCAAAUGUCAAAAGCAAGGGAGGAACGAGUUUGUUAUACGCUUGCAACCUUCAGAGGCCAUGUACAUGAAGCUAACUGUGAAGCAACCAGGUCUGGAGAUGCAAACCGUGCAGAGUGAACUAGACCUAUCGUAUAAGCAACGUUACCAAGAUGUCUCGAUUCCAGAGGCUUACGAGCGCCUCAUUCUUGACACAAUCAAAGGUGACCAACAACACUUUGUUCGCAGAGACGAGUUGAAGGCAGCAUGGGAAAUCUUCACUCCGCUGCUUCACAGGAUAGAGAAGGGAGAAGUGAAAUCGAUCCCGUACAAACCAGGAAGCCGAGGACCAACAGAAGCAGAUCAGCUGCUAGAGAAAGCUGGUUAUUUGCAGACCCAUGGCUACAUGUGGAUCCCCCCUACGCUGUAAAUUGUAUGAUCAUGGAGAUAAUGAUGAUGAUGAGUAUACACAAAAUAAGAGCUUCUCUUCUUCUUUUUUUCUUGCUCAAUAAAAAUGUCUUGCUGAGCAUCUAAGUUCAUCUUCUGUAUACUAGUGAUCUUCACUAGGACAUUGUUUAUUCCUUGUGUUUUUUUUGUUGUUGUUUUUCUAAACCACAUAUUCAAAAGAGGCUUUGUUGAAUACAGUUUAGGAAAACCAUAUUCACAAGAGGUUUUGUUGAAUAUUGUUUUACUUCGAACA